AUGCCCAAAAGGACCGCUCCAUCCGGGAACGAAUUGAAGGAAGAGAGGAGAACAAAAAGAAGACGAGGGAGAUUCUCAGAAUUGGAAGAUGAUGUCUGUGAGACAGCCGUUUUGGAAUCGGCCGAAAGCCUUCGCGUUUCCUCACCCACUCCAACGAAGGACUAUUUUCCAUGGCGUCGACUGCCACAGGAGCUGAAGGUGAAGAUUCUCCAGUAUCUCCGCCGGAUAGAUCUCUACAAAUGUCGCUUGCUGAAUCGAGAUACAUGCAACCUUAUUCGUCGCAACAUAAAGCUGAUGAAAAAAAGAAUCAUAGGCAGCCUGGAAAUAGAACCUUGGACAUUCUACGACAAGGAAGGAAGGAUGUUCAUCAAGAUUCCCCGAUACCUUCCAAAGGCUCUCAAAAACUCGGUUGUCCGUCGUCUGGAGAUCGAACAGGUUGGUAAAGCUACA